UUGACCCAAAUGGCCACCACAGCCUGUUCUGGGGGGUUGGGAGGGCGGAGGGGACCCCCCCGGCCCCGAUCCCACCCCGUGCCGUGUCCCCCCCGCAGUGGGACCUGGUGUGUGGCUCGCGGGGGCUGCGGCAGUUGGCGCAGUCGCUCUACAUGGCCGGAGUCCUGGUGGGCGGCAUCGUCUUCGGGGGGCUCUCCGACAGGUUCGGCCGGCGCUCGGUGCUCACCUGGUGUUACCUGCAGCUGGGGGCGAUGGGCAUCUGCUCGUCCUUCGCCCCCUCCUUCCCCCUCUACUGCCUCUUCCGCUUCCUCACGGGCACGGCCUUCUCGGGCAUCGUCCUCAACAGCGUCUCCCUCUGUACGUGCCCCCCACACCUGCCCCUGGCACCCUCUGGGUGGACUCUGUGUGCCCCAGAACCUGCCCCCAAACCUGCCCUGGCACCCCUGGGUGGGCUUUGUGUGCCCCAGAACCUGCCCCCAAACCUGCCCCUUGAACCUGCCCCCAAACCUGCCCUUGAACCUGCCCCCAAACCU